AGAGAUUACACCAAUGGGGAGAUUCAACAUCUUGACGAGUCGCUUCGGCAUUUACUCCAAAUCAUACAGAUGGAGGGUCCUUUUGUUGGUAUUGUCGGCUUCUCAACGGGAUCCACUAUGGCGCUAAUUUUGAUGUCCCUGGCGGAGCGAGGAGCCUCAGCACAACUAUUACGCGACUGCAAUCUCGAUCCUCACCUUCUACCUCAAUUCCCUUUUCAAUUCGGACUCUGCUUCAGCGGAUGUAUAUUGUCGCAUCCUCGAUACAAGGAGAUCUUCUUCCCCAAAAUAGUGACACCAAUCUUGCAUUUCAUAGGAGAUUACGAUACAUAUCUCCCACGGCUUGAGAUGUUGAAGUUUUCAAGGAGAUGUAAGAACAGUGUCACCGUAUAUCACCCUGGUGGGCAUUUUGUACCGAGAUCUCGACCCUGCCGAGAAGCUAUACGAGCUUUUGUCACGGAGCAGAUGAGAAAGCAUAUGCACCGGAGUUAA